CUAUUGUCUCAGCCAAUCAGAUCCCAGCUGCGUCUUCCUCUCACCCAAUCACGUGCUAGUGUUCCUCUCCAGACAGCAAUCAACACAACACGAUGGCAGCGGUUAGUCUAACAAGUGAGGAGCAUGAGGUGACGAGAAUAGAGCGUAUUGGCGCUCACUCUCAUAUCCGUGGUCUGGGGUUAACAGAUGACCUCACACCCAAACCAUUAGCCCAGGGAAUGGUUGGCCAAGUUAAGGCAAGACGAGCAGCAGGAGUGGUACAGAACAUGAUAAAGGAUGGCAAACUGGCAGGUCAAGCUAUCCUUAUUGCCGGCCAGCCAGGAACAGGCAAGACUGCCAUUGCUCUUGGUUUAUCACAGUCUCUUGGGGCAGACACUCCUUUCACAGCCAUCUCUGCCUCAGAGAUAUACAGUCUGGGCAUGUCCAAAACUGAAGUUUUAACUCAGGCUUUCCGACGAUCAAUUGGUGUUCGUAUUAAAGAAGAGACGGAAAUUAUUGAGGGAGAGGUGGUUGAGGUGCAGAUAGACCGCCCAGCCACGGGAACAGGAGCCAAAGUGGGUAAACUGACCCUCAAGACUACAGAGAUGGAAACUAUAUAUGACCUUGGCAAUAAACUAAUUGAAGCGUUGACAAAGGAAAAGGUACAAGCUGGUGAUGUUAUAACAAUUGAUAAGGCCACUGGGAAGAUCACAAAACUUGGACGUUCCUUCACACGCGCUCGUGAUUAUGAUGCUACAGGUCCUCAGACAAGGUUUGUUCAGUGUCCAGAAGGUGAACUUCAGAAGAGGAAAGAAGUAGUUCACACUGUCACACUUCAUGAGAUUGACGUUAUCAACAACCGCACACAGGGCUUCCUUGCUCUCUUCUCUGGUGACACUGGUGAGAUUAAAGGAGAAGUGAGGCAGCAGAUCAAUGCUAAGGUCGCUGAGUGGCGGGAGGAAGGCAAAGCUGAAUUAGUGCCGGGGGUCCUCUUUGUUGAUGAGGUACACAUGUUGGACAUUGAAUGCUUUUCAUUCCUGAACCGUGCCCUGGAAGAUGACAUGGCACCAGUUGUCAUCGUGGCUACCAAUCGUGGGAGGACUCGAAUCAGAGGCACACAAAACGUGUCUCCUCAUGGAAUUCCCAUCGACAUGCUGGACCGAAUGAUCAUCAUAAGGACGUUGCCUUAUCAAGAAAAAGAAAUUAGGGAGAUCUUGAAGAUUAGGUGUGAAGAAGAAGAUUGUGAAAUUCAGGAUGAUGCACUAGUGGUGUUGACAAAGAUUGGGUUGGAAACUUCUCUGCGCUAUUCAAUUCAGUUGAUCACGUUGGCUAACCUUGCUGCCAUUAAGAGGAAGGAGAAACAGAUAACAAUCCAGGAUGUGAAGAAGGUUUAUCAACUCUUUAUUGAUGAGCAGCGGUCUCAGAAAUUCCUUAAAGAAUACGAAGAUGAAUUUAUGUUUGAUGAAGGGACUGAAAAUGCGAUGGAAACCAGCUAAGUGAUGAGAAGGAGUUGCAGUUCAUUGACCCCAUCAACUGUGAACUGCAGAUGAAAUAAAGACGCCACAAAGACAAGACUGACAAAAUUAACAGUUUCUACUUAUGUCUGAAAUAUCAAUUCCACUAUAAUAAUAUUUGGCUGUUACUCGUAUAAUAAACUGUAUGAAUGUU